AUGGAGAGUCAAACGCUACAACACUCUGUUCGAGCGUUACAGAAGGCUUCGCGAUCGACUUACAUGAUUGGAGACCCUCUCAUGAGGUGCCUAGCCCCUCGUCUCUCGAGACCAAUGGCAACAAAAACCCGAAUGCCGCAGAAUGUACAGUACAGUGACAUGUCCCCGCCAAUGCUUCGACGCCAGCCUCCUGUGAAGGAGGUCCCAGUCACAGUCUACAGCUUUCCUGAAUUUGAGCCCUUGCGCUUUGCCUCCUACCCCGAGAAUCACCUAAAUCUACCUGUCCGAAGAGACAUUCUUCAGCGAGCUGUCGUGUUUGAAGCCGACAAUGCUCGUCAAGGAACUGCAAAUACGAAGUGGAGAGAUGAGAUACAUGGAAGUCAUCGAAAACUGAGACAGCAGAAAGGACUGGGAAUGGCUCGCCUAGGAAGUAAAACGAGUCCUAUGUUGAGGGGCGGCGCUUCUGCCUUCGGCCCUAAACCACGAGACUUCUCUUCUAAGCUACCUAGAAAGAUUUAUGAUCUGGCCUGGAGGACGGCGUUAAGCUACCGCUACAAGAAAGGGGAACUGAUCGUUGUUCAAAAGUUCGAUGACGAGGAUGUGACAGGACCGAGACUGAUGGAUAAGAUCAUUGAAUGGAACCAACUGGGAAAGCCGCUGGUUAUCACGAGGAGACCGAUGGACAACCUAACCGAGGCAAUGAAACCCGGUGAAGGGGCGCGUGAUAGAAAGCCUGGAUUAGCAUUGCCAGAAGUCAACGUUGACGUGAAAGAUCUACUAUCCCUUGGACGACUCAUCAUUGAAAAACGAGCUUUAGAUUCGAUUCUGAAAAAUCAUUCCAGCGAUCUCAAUACUAUGGUAGCUACCGCCAUUUAUGAAUAG